AAUACUGAACAAACACAUGAAGAACACCAACUUAACAGAGGUUUAUAAAUUGAUUUAAAAUAUAUUCUCUUUAAAACUACAAACAUCAUUUAAAAAUUGCUUGGGAAAAAUAUGUAAUAAAUUGAUGGAAUGAGUCAUUACAUAACCAGGUAAAAAAACAUAAGCAGUCAAUUUCCAUAUGUGCAUUCAAUAUAUUUAUAAAUAAUUUGCACUCAUUCAUAACUAAAAUAGAGAACAGAAAUUGAGUAAUUCAGAAAUCUAAGAGAAGAAACACUUACCAAUAAAGGUAAUGAAGACAAAGAGCAUAUGUAAGAGAGUAUUAUCAGACAAUAAUGUGUGGGCGGGGAAUAGCGAUAGGUGAACUCGUUAUCUGAUAUUUAAGACACGGCUAUGAAGGCUCUACCUUAUCAGUAGCUAAGAUGCGGUGGGUGGUAGUUGUAACAGCGCUUCUGGUAGUUACUGUUUCGGCUGACAUAAACGUUGCCCACAAACAACAGGACAUCAACCACCUAUUAUACAAGAUCACUAGCCCCAUCAAGUCAAGUUUCAAUGACCUCAAGGAGAUGUCAGAAACAUGGAACCCAAGAGAACACAUGGAUCUCUGUAGCGAUGGAGGUGCAGCCGUAGAGUGGCUAAUGGGUGAGUUGGAGAAUCACCGCUUGCUAAAGCAACAUCACUGGUUCUCUCUCUUCAAUGACCGCCAGCGUACGGAAGCCCUGUGGCUUUUCGAAGUCUUCAUGCAGUGCACAGAUUUUGAAGUAUUUAGAAACAACGCUGCUUACUUCCGUGAGCAUAUGAAUGAAGGGGAGUUUGUUUAUGCUCUUUAUGCGGCAGUGACCCACUCAGACAUAGGCCAGUAUAUCGUCUUACCACCUCUUUACGAGAUCACUCCUCAUUUAUUCACAAACUCAGAGAUUAUCAACAAAGCUUAUACUGCUUUGAUGACACAGACGCCAGGUAACUUCAGGAUGAACUUUACUGGAAGCAAGAGAAACACCGAACAGCGUGUGGCUUACUUCGGUGAGGACAUUGGCAUCAACUCUCACCAUGUUCACUGGCAUUUAGAUUUUCCCUUCUGGUGGAACAGAGAUAAGAUAGACCGUAAAGGAGAGCUCUUCUUCUGGGCUCACCACCAGCUGGUUGCUAGAUACGAUGCCGAGCGUCUUUCUAACUACCUACCACCAGUAGACGAACUCUACUGGGACAGCCCAAUUAAAGAUGGGUUUGCUGCUCACACCUCUUACAAAUAUGGCGGAGAGUUCCCCACUCGCCCAGACAACAAAGAAUUUGAAGAUGUAGAAGGUGUGGCCUGUGCUCGUGACAUAAAGUUAUUAGAAAGUCGAAUACGAGAUGCCAUUGCUCUGGGUUAUAUCAUUAAUAUCAAUGGCUCUCACACUGACAUCAACAACGAACAUGGCAUUGACAUCUUAGGUGAUAUCAUUGAGUCUUCAGCAUAUAGCCCCAAUGCUGCAUACUAUGGCUCUCUACAUAACCAGGCUCACCGCGUCUUGGGUGCACAGGCUGAUCCUAAACGGAAGUUUGGUAUGCCUCCAGGAAUAAUGGAACACUUUGAGACUGCCACUCGCGACCCAGCGUUUUUCCGUCUCCAUAAAUAUAUAAAUGGAAUUUUCAAGGAACACAAGGACAAGUUGCCACCUUACACCGAGCAAGAGUUACUCUACAGUAAUGUGAAUAUCACUAACGUCAAGGUCAGUAAACUCUCCACCUACUUCGAAGAUUUUGUGUUUGACGUGAGUAAUGCUUUAGACACACCAGAGAGCUUCAGUUACGUUUCGGUCACAGCCACUAUAUCACGUCUGAACCACGAACCAUUCACUUACAACAUUCACGUCCAAGCUAAACACGACGAUGAAGUCACUGUUCGCAUCUACAUAACUCCCAAGCGUGACGAGAACAACAUCGUCCUUGACAUAGACGAGUCUCGCUGGGGAGCCAUCUUGCUCGACACCUUCUGGACUAAGGUUCAUGCGGGAGAUAACGUAAUCACGCGCAAGUCUUCACAGUCAUCAGUAGCUAUACCUGAUCGUGUGCCGUUCUUUGAACUUCUCGAGGACGCUGAUGAGGCUGUGGCUAACGACGCUCAGCUACUCCAUCAGGAAAUUCGUGGUUGUGGUCACCCCAUGAGGCUGCUGCUGCCUAAGGGCACUAAGGAAGGUCUGGAUUUCUGGCUCGACGUUAUUGUCACCAGCGGAGAUGAUGCAGUCCACGAUGAGUUAACCAUUGAGAACCACGGCAGCACUCAUGGUUACUGCGGUAUUCAUGGUAUGAAAUAUCCUGACAAGCGCCCAAUGGGCUUUCCUUUCGACCGUCGCAUUCCUGAAAUUGGAGUCUUUAAAGUGCCCAACCAACAUGGCCAAGUUGUUAAGAUUUUCCAUCACUAAUAAAGAGUAUUUUUAUA